AUGGUUGUUAAUUCUAGAUCACAGGACCAAAAGGUGCACAAGGUGAUGGUGCAGCCCACCAACUUGAUCUUCAGACACUUGCAAGAUAGGUCUGGGAUUCAGUUGUGGCUCUAUGAGCGAGUGAGUCUGUGGAUAGAGGGUUGUGCUAUUGGUUUUGAUGCGUACAUAAACCUCCUGUUAGACAGUACGGAAGAAAUUCACUCCAAAACAAAGUCCAGAAAACAGCUGGGUCGGAUUGUGCUGAAAGGAGAUAAUAUUAUCCUGCUACAAAGCGUCUACAACUAG